AUGGAUCAGGAAGAGUGUUUAGCGCAAACCGUAUCGAGUACAUUUUGUCUUCAGUUGAAUGAAUUCCAAGUAGAGCGCACACCCCAUCAGUUCGUAGAAGAGAAAUGUGAAGCUCUUGCUACUAAAAUAUCAUCUGCCAUUCGCAAGGCUAAAAUCAAGCACACUGUCCCACUCGGUGAUACUUCUUUCUGGAGUAAAUCUAAAAUAGUUUUUCCACUGACAUACCUUCAGCAAAUAAUUAAGAACAGUGAAUUCGGCAAAGCAUCCUAUGCUUGGGCUCCUUGUCAAAAAUUCACUAGUCUCAAGACAGAAGUUAUAGACGGAAAAGUUAUUAAAAGAGUUUAUCUUGAGAUACCUGAGAGUGUUUAUGGUGAAAGAGGAUUCCUUAACCUCCAAUACCCGCUCAAAAGAGCCCAUUAUAUGUGCAGUUGUAUUACGAUCUUGUCCAAGACUUUCGAGGAUGGAGCGAUAUCCUUUGUUUCCGGUGCUCACGAAGAUUUGCUGUUCCCUAACCUUCUUAUAACUGAGGGAGAUGUUUCUGUUCAUUUAAUCUUCUCAGGAGUGAACCUAGCUAAACCAAGUCGAUUCGCACUAUCACAAGGAAACUUUAGGCCUACAAUCAUCAGUCCAGAUUACAAAUCAAAAGAAUUACUGGCGACUCCGCGAUAUAACCAACGAGUUCUAAGAACUAUGCUUGAACUGUCCUUGAUGGAAGAGAUCCAAUCUUCAAUUUGGGAUCAGCCUAAUUUGAGAGAAGCACUAAAUCUUUUGAAAGCUUGGUUCAAGAGUCGCGAUCUACUAGUUUUUGAUGACAUGUUUAUUUCAUCAUUCAUGUUACAUCUUUUGGAGAAGUCUAAAAUCAGAGCGCUUCAUCAAUCUUGGGUUACCAUGAAGAAUUUUCUGUUCGCACUAGAAGAAUGGUGUACAAGCGAAGUUGUUUCUUUAGAAACUGAGAAGAACACCGGUUCUGACCAUUCGGAGUUCCUCAAAGUUUUCGACAUCGUACUACUAGAUCGAACAGGGACUUGGAACAUAGCAUCAGAUAUAACUUUUGAUGAUCUUAAUAAGGUCAAAAAUCUCAUUGUUGCUUCCAUACCGCAUAUCGGAAACUAUCAGAGCUUUGAAAAACUUUUCAAGAUCGAAGAGGACUUCCGUUCUUCUUACGAUGAAUAUUUCAGAUUGUAUUUAUCAUCUACCCUCUUCGAAAACGUCAUCAAAGAGUAUGUAGAAGAUGUUGUCGAUUGGAAAGAUCGCUUGCUGGCUUUCACUCGGACGAUACAAAAGGUGGUGCGAACAGCAAUGGGAGAACGAUAUGAGCACUUCAGAUGCUAUGUAGAUUACAAAAACGAUUCGUGGCGAUUGAAUGAGAAUAAAAGUGGAAUGCCCGUAGACAUGUUCUUGGUGAUAGGUUUCAAGAUAAGGAAGGAAUGGAAUAAUCCACUAACUGUUGGGCCAGUUGCUAACGACCCUUCCGCCAAAGAGUUCCGAAGCUUCUGGGGAAAGAAAAGUGAAUUGAGAAAGUUCGCUGACACUAGAAUAUGUGAAUGCGUGGUUUGGGCUGAAAAGAGUUCUCACGAAAUAGGUUUCGAAAUUAUGAAGUUCCUAUCACAAGAGAAAUUCAAGAUACACGUCAAGAACUUGAAUUGGUUGUCAGAAGUUCCUGAGAUGUUGAGAUCUGACAAAGUAGCUUAUGAUAAACUAGGAGUUGCUUAUGCCUCGUUGAGUAGAUUACUGAGAAGUUUAAAGGAAUUGCCACUUGAGAUCACAAACAUUGGUGGAGUAAAUCCUUACUUACGAUAUGCAGAGCCAUUGGGGAAUGAUAUGAUUUCUACUCAAUAUGGAAGAAAAGGUGCUAACUCACGCGUUCCAGACCAUGUGGUCAUUCCUAAGUUUGUUCCCUCCUUAGAAGUUCACGUAAAAAUGGUUUACUCAUCGAAAUGGGGAGACGAAGUAGAGAUGGUCAACAACUUGACAACUGCUUUCUAUUUGAAGAUAGCUGAAUCUUUAAGAGAGCUCAACUAUGUCGCUGUUGCCACAAGCGAGGAACUUCUUGUUGUUCAGGAUGAUAUUGUUUUCAAGAUCAUUAUUGUCAGUGAUAGGUUGCAACUUAUAUUUGGAAGACAGAAGAAAGCUCUAGUCGCAACCCUGGCUCCACGUGUAGAAACUUCAGAUGUAGCCCUAGCUCUCAAAAAUUUAGAAAUAAAAUAUAUGAGUGGGCCGGGUCUUUCCGCUUCUAUAUACUCGUUCUCUCGACGAUUCGCUGUGUUCUCGGAUGCUGUACAACUAACCAAACUUUGGUUGGGAUAUCAACUACUCUCUUCCUAUAUUGAUGAUUAUGCCAUUGAGAUGAUCGUCUGUGCAGCUAUCAAAGACAUGUCAUUCAAUACUCCAGAAUCCCCCUGGGCUGCUUUCCGGAAAGUUCUCCAUUUCCUUGCCACAUAUCCAUGGGUUUCAUCACCGUUGAUUUUGGAUUUCGAUCAAACAUGGAAAGAAGAUCAAAUAGCAGAACUGGAGCAAAAAUUCUUGAAGUUCAGACCUGUUCUACCACCAAUGGUCAUUAUGAACAACCAUGACACUGAUGGAACCAAAUGGACUCACAACGGUCCAACCCCUGUGAUUAUCAACAGAAUCACUGCUUUAGCCAAGAUUUGUUUUAAAGAAAUGGAUGAGAGUAUGUUGAAUGCGAAUAAGUUUAAUUUGAUGAAAACUCUCUUCAAACCAAACACAUCUUCUUAUGAUGCUGUUGUACAUUUCACAAGCAAAGCUGUCACUAGAAAUCAAGCUCGACCGAAGCCUGAUAAUCUGAAGCUCUUGCCAGUCGUUGAUUUUGACCCUUUCCAUUCAUUAGCUUUACGAUUGAAAUCAGUUCUGGAGCCUGUUGCUCUUGUGUUUUUCAAUAAGUAUGGAGGAGAAGAAGUAUACAUCAAGUUUAAGCCUGAACCGGAGAAUCAGAAGUUUGCAGUUUCGAAAUGUACUUUCAAGAAAAUGGAGAAUGAUUGCUUAGUUCUUAAUAAGGAAGAAGUUGUUGAGACCAUCAAGGUCAUCGGUAGAGGUUUAGUCAAAGAUGUUAGAAUUUUGAAAAAAUAA